CUCCUCUUUAAUGAGUAAAGCAUAUUGGUUUCUCUACUAAAAAUAAAAUGUCCCCGUUAUUUCUCUUGCUAGUGGUUGGCAUUAGUGCUGAGCAACUCUUCGAAAAACCAUAUUACGACUUGAGCGAUGCCCACAACCAUUUCAAAAACUUCGUUCAGAAACAUGGUAAAACAUACGAUCCCGAAGAAUACUUGAAAAGACUCGCGAUUUUCACUGAAAAUUUAGCAGAUAUCAAUGAGCGCAAUGCCAUGUUUCCGCAGACCGUUUUUGACGUAACACGGUUUGCUGAUAUGACACCCGAAGAGAUAAAAGCUGGUUAUGGUAUGCAAAUGCGUGAUGAAGAUAUAGAUAAAAUAGCGAUUAAGCUUCGUCUUCGUCCCGAGGAGAUCACGGCCCCAGAGCAGUGGGACUGGAGGGAUCAUGGAGCGGUCACUCACGUCAAAAAUCAAGGCGAAUGCGGUAGUUGCUGGAUCUUUAGCGCUACUGGUGCUAUUGAAGGCCAAUAUGCCAUCAAGCACAACCAGAAUAUGGCCUUUUCUGAACAGCAGGGUUUGGACUGCAUAAAAUAUGAAGGCAAUAACUGUGCUGGAGGACUACCAGACGUAGUAGCGGAUUACCACAAAAAAUUUGGCGUUGUCCCAGAGAAAGAUUACCCGUACACAGGAACGCCAUCAACAUGUACCGAAGAUCCUAAGAAGGUCGUAACCAAAGUCACGGAUUACAAAGUAUAUAAGCCAGAUGAAGAAACAUUGAAACAGCUUGUAUAUGAAAAGGGGCCGUUGUCAGUAUCUAUUGACCCCGCGGACUUCCCCCCCUAUCACUCGGGGAUACUACUCCCCAAAAAGUGCAAAAACGCUAUUUGUCAUGCUGUGUUAUUAGUCGGUUAUGGUGUAGAAAACGGCACCAAGUAUUGGAUCCUCAAAGAUUCUUAUGGCCCUGAAGUCAGAGACCAGGGCUACGUCAAGCUGGUCCGAGGAGUCAACGCGUGUUCCAUGGGGACCGAAUAUACUAUGUCCUGCACUGUGGAAGUCCAGGCCUUGGAUCCCUGUCCGCCUGUACGGGGACUGCAGCAGGAGCGCGAUGACCUCUUCCUCGUCCGCAACCGCGCCGGCGGCGUCCGCGCGGCUCCCAGGUGCCGGGGGCGGCGGUUGCGGGGGGCGCACCCCUCGCCGCACGAGCUCCACAACGACAAUACGAAUUUUGAAGAACGACGAGCUCUUUUUGGUACUAGUUUAGUUGACGAGGACCUUAAAAUUGUAAGUAAGCAACUUGGUCCUGAUGAGGAGAUCACGGCACCUGAGAAUUGGGACUGGAGGGACCAUGGAGCGGUCACUCACGUAAAAAAUCAAUUAGGCUGUGGUUCGUGCUGGAUUUUUGCUGCUACUGGAGUUAUUGAAGGCCAGUAUGCUAUCAAACAUAGAAAGCUCCUGUCCUUUUCUGAACAGCAGAGCUUAGACUGUAUAGUUCGGAAAGGAUGGCCGCAUAAUUGUGAAGGAGGAAAUCCUUACAUGUUUAAGGCAAACUAUUUGAAAUAUGACUUUCGCAGCUACCACAAGAUAUUUGGCGUAGUACUAGAAAAAGAUUACCCGUAUACAGGAAACGAAUCAACGUGCCAUGAAGACCCCACAAAGGCCGUCACCAAGGUCACGGGAUAUAAGACCUACAGAAUUGCAGAUGAGGAAACAUUAAAACAGCUUGUAUAUGAAACGGGACCUGUGUCAAUAGCUAUAGAUGACAGCGACUUAGCUUUCCAUAAAAAUAGUAUAUUGUACCCCCAAAAGUGCAAGGAUGAUGUUACGCACGCUCUUUUGCUGGUUGGAUACGGAAUAGAAAACGGCACCAAAUAUUGGAUCCUCAAGAACUCUUUCGGCGUUGAGAAUGGGGACCAGGGCUACUUUAAGCUGGUACGGGGGAUCAACGCUUGUUCUAUCGGAGUAACACACGCAUUAACCUGUACUGUUGCCUAAUUAA